CAGUGGGGUCUGUGUAAUUGGAACUCUGAAUUUUUUUGGAAAAAAUAUCAUAGACUAUAUAAUUAAAAAAUAGAAGAAUGAUUUAUUAAAUUUUGUGCAUUCAUCAUCAUUUCGCCGUUGUUUUCUCUGAAUUUUUUUUUGUAGUAUGAUAUAAAUAUUUCUCUUUCUCUCUGCGCGUUUCACCCUUUAUAGAAAAAUCACUGAAUCUUUCUUCUUCUUCUCCAAAAACAGACGAACCUAAUUUGGGUCAAAUUUCUCGAGUUUUCUUUGAGAUCUAUCGUCGAAACGAAGCUUUUAUAUAUAUAAUUUAAUGGCGGAAGAACAUCGAUGUCAGGCGCCGGAAGGUCACCGUCUCUGUGUCAACAAUUGCGGUUUCUUCGGAAGCUCAGCCACCAUGAAUCUCUGCUCCAAUUGCUACGGCGAUCUCUGCCUCGAGAAACAACAGCAAGCCUCCAUGAAAUCAACCGUCGAAUCCUCUCUCUCCGUCGCAUCUCCUCCGUCGCCGGAGAUCGAGUCCAUCCCCGCGACGAUCUCACCCGUCCUCGAUAAUUACGCCGCGGAAUUACAGAUCCUGGCGACGGAGAAACCGAUUCCGCAGAUUCCGACGGAGCAGCCGCAGCAGCAACGGCCGAAUCGAUGCACCGUGUGCAGAAAACGGGUCGGGUUGACCGGAUUCAUGUGCCGGUGCGGGACGACUUUCUGUGGGACCCAUAGGUACCCGGAGGUUCACGGAUGCACGUUCGAUUUCAAAUCCGCCGGGCGCGAGGAGAUCGCGAAGGCGAAUCCGUUGGUCGUAGCCGCGAAGCUCCAGAAAAUAUGAUGAUCCGAAUCCGAAUCCGAACCCGUUGGGUUAUACGUUGACCCGGUUCAUCUUCGUCUCUCUCUUUUAUCUCUCUCCGCGUUUUACUUACCGAGGAAAAUCACACGAUGGUCUCGGUGAAUCUCAGCCGUUCAUCAUGUUUAAAACAUAUUAUACUUUGUAUUACGGACACGUGUUACGUGGUAAAGGUUGAGACGGUUUCGUUCAUGUUUUCAAUUAUUUUCCGUUUUUUCUUCCCGGAAGAAAUUAGAAGUGUUAUAAUUGUGUGGCUUUUGGCUUGUAAAAAAAGAAGAUUUUUCUUUUGAGAUAUGAAGAAAAUAUAUAAGAUUGUGUCUCGCUUUUUAA